AUGAUGCCCCUCACUUUUGCAGCUAAUACAUAUCACGCAUACUCUCCUCUCGUGGUCCUCAUUUGUGCAGCUGAUACAUCAGUGUUCUUCGUCCUUUGCUGCUGCUCUGUGUCCGCCGAUCGUCUGCCGUUAGUCCGCCACUCGUCCGCCGCUAGUCCACCGUUUGGCCAUCUCUUCUCCUUCUCUCCUUCGCCUCUCCUCCACCAUCACAGAUCCGGAUCUCUUCCUUCCCUAAGCUUCUCCUUCCUUCAUCAACGGUGGCUGCAUUUCACCGUUAAUUUCUCCCCAUCUCUUUUACGGAUCAAGCUCAUUUUGGGACUUGGGCGGCAUUUCGGAGCUGAGAGAACUCCGACCAGCAGCUUUUACAACCUGUGGAGUGCAAAGGUGAAUAUUCCGACCAGCUCGUGGAACUCCAAUCCUCUUCUCCGAUCUGCUCUUCGAUCUGCAAGCCACUGUUUUGGUCUGUUUCUUUCGUUUUUCAGACCACCGUGAAGCAUUCCGGUCUGUUUCUUUCAUUUUUCAGACCACCGUGAAAGCAUUCCGGUCUAUUUCUUUCAUUUUUCA